CUUUCUUUGAAUUCAACUAAGAUUUCUGAAAAAUAGAAACAAUGGAUUCUUCUUCUCUAAAUUUGCUCUACCAUCUAAAUAUCAACACUUCUUCCCUUCCUUUCAACGUAAACGACUCCGACGAGAUGCUUCUCUAUGGUUUACUUGCUCAAGAAACCACCUCUAGGGACGGUUCUAGUGUGUUAGCUAUGGGUUCACGUGAUUCCAGUAACUAUGAGGAAUUCAGCUCGGUUUCUGAGUCAAAACCCUCAAAGGAAAGGACAUAUAGAGGCGUAAGGCGGCGGCCGUGGGGGAAAUUUGCUGCGGAAAUAAGAGAUUCAACAAGAAAUGGAAUUAGGGUAUGGCUAGGAACAUUUGAUAGUGCAGAAGCUGCUGCUUUGGCUUAUGAUCAAGCUGCUUUAUCGACGCGAGGUUCGGGGGCAAUUUUGAAUUUUCCAGUGGAAAGAGUUGUGGAAUCUCUUAAUGGAAUGAAGUGUUACGUAGAAGAAGGUUGUUCACCUGUGUUGGCUUUAAAAAAGAUACACUCUAUGAGGAAGAGGAAAUAUAAUAAAGUAAGGGAAGUAAAAAAAGAGAAUGUUAAUGUUAUAGUAUUUGAAGAUUUGGGUGGUGAUUACUUGGAACAACUCUUGAGUUCAAGUGAUGUGAUAGUAUGAAUGAGAUCCCGUUAUCUUUAAUCAACAAUAGUGGAUUUGAGCCUUAUGAAUGGAGAAAUUUCUGGCUGUGACGGCUUUCCCCUUAUACAAGUGAAUUUGUAAUUAGUCAGGUCAGUGAGAUCCGCAUACCAAAUGGUUAGAAAAAAAUUAAAAUGGAAUUUCUAACCCAAUGUA